CUGGGUACUACUGUUACUGCGGGUACCUAUAUGGAAUAAAAAUGUAAUAUAUAAGAGGAGAGCGAAGGACAUGUAGGUAGGUCGAGCUUGGACUGAUUCACUAUCUCAAAGCUCGGUAUAAUAAUCAGACCAUCUUUUCUGUAUAUAACAUCCCUAUCACAGUCAAAGUACCUCACCUCACUCACCCCCAAGACCACUUCCACAAUGGCGCGCAACAGAACUCUCGUCUUCAAAAAAGUCCCCACCGGCCUCCCCGUGCCGGGCGAGCACCUCGCCGUCGAGGACCGCCCCCUCGACCUCGAAGCCGACGCUCCCCCAGGCGGCCUCCUCGUCGAGAUCCUCUACGCCUCCUUCGACCCCUACCUGCGGAACAAGAUGCGCGACCCAUCCGUCAAGUCGUACACCCCCGGCCUCAACAUCGACGACCCCUUCACCAACGGCACCGUCUCGCGCGUGCUCAAGUCCAACACCCCCUCUUUCCAGCAAGGCGACAUCCUGUUCGCCGCCCUCCCCAUCGCAGAGUACGCCGUCGUGCCGGACCCCUCCGCCGUCUCCGCGCGCAAGAUCAGCAACCCGCACAACCUCGACCUCGGCAUGUUCCUGGGCCCCCUCGGCAUGCCGGGCCUAACCGCGUACUCCGGCCUCCACAAGAUCGGCAAGCCGCAGAAGGGCGAGACCAUCUUCGUGAGCUCCGCCGCGGGCGCCGUCGGGCAGGUGGUGGGACUGGUCGCGAAGAACGAGGGCUUGCGCGUCAUCGGGUCCGUGGGGUCCGACGAGAAGCUCGAGUACAUCACCCGCGAGCUCGGCUUCGACGGCGGCUUCAACUACAAGAAGGAGAGCGUGUUCGACGCGCUGCCGCGCCUCGCGCCGAACGGCAUCGAUAUCUACUUCGAGAACGUGGGCGGCGAGCAGCUCGAGGCGGCGAUCGCGAACAUGAACCCGCACGGGCGUAUUGCGGCGUGUGGAAUGAUAUCCGGCUACAACCAGCCCCUCGAGCAGCGCUACGGCGUCAAAGGCCUCGUCAGCAUCGUCACCAAGAUGAUCCUGAUGCAAGGCUUCAUCGUCGGCCAGCCCGCCUUCGGCCCCGCCUACUUCGCCGAGCACCAGCAGAAAGUGCAGAAGUGGAUCGCCGACGGAGAGUUCGCCGCCAAGCUGGACAUUACGCAGGGCAUCGAGAAGGCCGCCGAAGGCUUCGUCGCCAUGUUCAAGGGAGAGAACUUUGGCAAGGCGCUCCUGAAGAUUAAAGACUGAAAAAAAUAAAAUUAGAAAAUCAAAAAAUCUCAGGGACGAAUUUUGUGAUGAAAUUUGGCAUCGAGUUACUCAUUACUCCGAUAUGAUAGCAUGUU